UUACAUGAAUAUUGCGGCACAGGCCUAAUGGUUUAAUGCUAUCGUGUAGUGACUUUGACCUGAUACCAAUUGUAGAUAUUACUGUUGGGGCAAUGUGUACCCUGUUCAUGUUCCAUAGUCUUUCAAUUUCCUCUUUUAAUUCAACAUAUUUCUGAUGCUUGUCACUGAUUGAUUUCUGUAUGCUGUGUGUGUUUAUAAUGGCUAUAUCUUUUAAGUAAGUUGUUCUUGCAUGUUUAUCUUGUAAUAUUAUAUCCAGACAGUUAUUAUGGAUUGACCUAUCUGUAACAAUAGAUAUGUCAUAAUUUAUAGGACUCUGAUUCUAAAACUGGUAAAGUAUGGUGUCUUUUAUGAGUUUUUAUUUUAAAGCAAGAUUUUAAUGAACGAUGUUUGCCACUUGACUGUGACUGUGUAAGUAAUCAGAUUGAGUUAAACCGCUACAGAAUCCUGUAAUGUGUUGAAUUGUUUCUGGCUUCACUUGGCAUGUCCUGCAUUGAUUGUCUUGUUGGUCUUCUAUUAAUGCAGUUUUGAUUUAUUUUGCUCCAUUAACCACCUGGUUUUGUAUUGCCACAAGGAACCCUUCUGUUUCUGGAAAGCACUCUCCAACUCUGGGAUCAGGUGUUCGAGGCUUCCUUGUCGACAUCUAGUCUGCUCAGAUCAUGGGGAUGUCUUCCAUGGAGGGUCGUGCUCUUCUAUUGGUUAACCUUUUCUUCUGUAGUGGAAGAUAUAUUUAAAAGGCAGGAUUCUGGAAUUGUACGCAGCCCACCCCGGUUUCUGCUGAUUCGUCGGACGUUUGUUCCAGAUGUGGCAAUUUGGAGAGAGUCCCUUAGCAAUCUCUCCUUUGGCUGCUCGGAAUAAGAGUCCCGCAACUCACUUGGAGCUGGAGGAGGAAUUGACUGCUACAGCGGGGAAGUCAACUUUUAAUGGUCUUCAGAGUCACUGAGCUGAAUCCGGGCUGGUCUCCAGCUGAACUACCACACAACACUCCCAGCGUGAUAACCCUCACAGACACCAAUGUUCCCUUGGACCCCGGACUGACACGAUCUAUUAAGUUUGAAUCGCCGCGUGAUUGGCUGAACGUGGAGGGACUAACAGAAGACUGGAAGUGAAGAUGGCAGAGGUUCUUCAGAUGAAAACUAACUUCCCUGGUAACAUGGACCUCAGCGCUGGUUCCGAGCCCAAGGGCAAGGAUGAGAACCCACCGUACUCAGUGGAAACCCCCUACGGAUUCCACCUGGACCUAGACUUCGUGAAGUACGUGGACGACAUCGAGAAGGGCAACACCAUCAAGAAGGUCCACAUCCGCCGCCGGCCGCGGGGCUGCAGCUACACCGGUUCCUGGUGGACUUCCACCGAGUCGCUGUGCUCCAACGCUAGCGGCGACAGCCGGUACUCCUCCUUCUCGUACUGUGGCCGCGGCUCCUACGGCUACAACAGGCCCCCGCUGCUGCUGCCGCCGGGCGGGCACAACGCCCGGGUUGAGAAGACCCUGCUGGAGACCAGACGGAGGUUGGAGGAGGACCGCGGGGAGGAGAGCCGGAGGCCGCGCUACGCCAGCCUGGGCAGCCUGCACAGCAGCGUGGCGGGCUCCACCAGCUCGCUGGCGGGCACGGGCCAGUCGUACUCCCGGUUCCCCUGGCAGGACGGCUCGCAGAGCGCACUGGACGGCCGGUUCACCCCGCUGGGCUCGGGCGUGGCCACGCCGUCCACCCCCAACGCAGCCCACCUGCACAGCAUCCGCGAGCAGAUGGCAGCGGCCCUGCGGCGGCUGAAGGAGCUGGAGGAGCAGGUGAAGAUGGUGCCCGUGCUCCAGGUGAAGAUCUCGGUGCUCCAGGAAGAGAAGAGGCAGCUGAGCGUCCAGCUUAAGAGCCAGAAGUUCCUGGGCUACAGCUCCGGCAUGCUGCGCUCCAGAGGAGAGCUGCACAUCGACACGCCCGAGGAAGGCAGCGGCAGGCCCGGCACAGUGGAGGCACCACUCUCCCCAACGCCCCAGGGACCGGCCCAGGGGACAGCGGACGGCGUCAGGAGCGUGGGCACCUGGGUGAGGGAGAAGGAGCUGGGCAUCACCCCCACUUGGCUGCAGCAAGACGCCGAGCACCAGCGCCACGUGGCUGAGCUCCUGACCAGGAAGGUCUCAGCUCUGGAGAAGCGGCUGCGGGAGGCCGGGCGGGAGCUGGAGUCUGCCCAGAGGCAGAGCAAGGAGACGGCCGACAAGGGGCAGCAGGCGGACCUCGGGGCAGGGGCGGCCGGUCUGGGAGCUCUGAUGUCCGAAGUGGCCGCGGGCAGGAGGAGGGGAGGCAGUCCGCCGUGCGCUGGCGGAGAGCGCCGGUCGGUGGGCGUGCAGGUUGGAAGCCCAGCUCACUUACGGGUGGGUGGGGACGCGGCUCAGGAACGUGAGCCCGAUGUGGCUCCAGGCGGCGGCCAGGGGAACGGAGGGAAGGCAGCGGAGGAGGAGAAGGCAGCCACCGGCCGUCCCUUCAAGGAAGCGCCAGCCAAGCUGGUGACCUGCACCAUCGUGACAACGCUGGCGUCCACCUGCGAGGAGGUGAACUCGGUGAUGACCAAGGCCAAGGCGGUGAAACAGUCGAGAACGGGGCCGAGCGGGGCAGAGCUACGAGAGGCCGUGGAGCAGCUCACCCAAGUCUCUCGUGAUACGCACAGGAUCGUCCCUUCUGUCCAGCCCCCUUGGGUCACCGAGGCACCUCGGGCUCUUCCCGUCGCUGAGGUUUGCAGUGCAGCGGAAACUCCACAAGUGCUGGGUUCUCCAGGGACGGUGAAAGCCCACCACUCGCCCCCAGCGGCGGUGGUGAGACGGGGAGAUACCAACCCAUCAGCAGACGAUUCAACACGACCAGUUUCCCCAGAGGGAGCACAACUAAAGUCCAUUAUGAAGAAGAAGGAAAACGGAGGAAGUUCUGACAGUCCUCCCACAAAGAAGAGCCUCCAGUUUAUCGGUGUUAAUGGGGGUUAUGAGUCCACUUCUUCUGAUGAAUCCAGCUCGGAGAGUUUAUCGAAUGAGUCAGACGGUGAGAGCGCGGAGAGCGAUUAUCACGAGGCCAGUGAGAGGCUUCCAGGAGAACAGAGGGAGAAGGCAGAGAGCAAGACUGUUGCGGCACAUCCCUCGCAGGAAACCCAGGGUGCGAGGACUCGAGCCGAGCCUGUGGGGGUGGCCAAGAGAUCGGAGACCCCGGUGGAAUCCACGGUGGAGGUUGAGAGUACGCGGACCGCCGCGCAGGCCUCACCGAGAUCUGAGGAAGAGAGGCAGGUGCAGAACGUAAGGAGGAAAGAGCAUGUGAAGGAGGUGGUGCAGAGGAUGGAGGGGGAAGCAGAGGCAGAAAUCAAAGCAGUGAAAAGCCAGCCAGAACCCGUCGUUCACCAUGAAACAGUGAGCCGUGACCAAGAAGGAGACAACCGCACAUUCGAGCUGACUGAGGGCCUGGUGUCAGCCUGCGUGAUCCUGCAGAAACACCUGAAUGAUCCACAUGGCUUCACAAACAAGGACGUGAGGGUGAGCUACCUCACAGUUCAGCAGGAGUGGCUCCUGGUGUCCAGCCCAAAGACGGCAGAUCCUGAGUUGGUGCGCCGAUACCUGGCUGUGUUUAAGGCGAUGUCUCCAAACUUGCUGGAACUGAUAGUGAACAUGGCGGACGGGAACGGGAAUACGGCUCUUCACUACACCGUCUCUCACUCCAACUUCCCGAUCGUUAAGUUGUUGCUGGAUACAGGCACCUGUAACCUGGACAAACAGAACAAGGCCGGCUAUACUCCCAUCAUGUUGGCUUCGCUGGCCGCACUUCAGUCCGAGAGUGACAUGCAGACCGUGAUGCAGCUCUUCCGUCUUGGCAACGUCAACGCUAAAGCCAGCCAGGCGGGUCAGACAGCACUGAUGCUAGCAGUGAGCCACGGGCGGACAGAGAUGGUCAAGGCCCUGCUGGCAUGCGGGUCAGACGUCAAUGUCCAGGAUGACGACGGGUCGACGGCGCUGAUGUGUGCCUGUGAGCACGGCCACGCCGAGAUUGUCCGGUUCCUGCUGGCGACGCCGGGCUGCAAUGUGACUCUGGCAGACAACGAUGGCAGUACAGCCCUCUCCAUUGCAGUGGAAACCGGACAGAAAGACAUUUCCUCCCUACUCUACGAUCACCUGAGCUGCUCGAAGGCUUCCAGCUCCUCUCCCGGCGCACCGGCUCCCACACAGAACCUGCCUCACCCUUCCACAACCAAAGCCCAGCUGUAGGUCUGUGUGUCACCAGCACCAUUUCCCAACCUGAGCCCCUGCUGCACUCCCCCCUCACCCCGCACUCCCACUGGAGAUCCAGCAGGAAUCGCUCAAGGGCUCCCUCUCCGCUCUGGGGAGGCCACUCACCCCGGACAAGCCUGCAGGCGUAUUCGACCGAAGUGGCAGUACAGCAGCCCGUGUCUAUCAGCCCGCGGGGGGGGGCUGCACUACACAGCGGGGCGCGAGGCUGCGACGAAGGGGGCAAUGGGAAAGGAAAACGACCUUCGCACUUUCCGGAUUAUACACCUGCUGCUGCAAACUUGCAUGACAAUCUCGCUGUCCGUCCAUCAGCUUUUUGUAUAAUGGAAGUGUAUAGAGCAUGUAAAGGACAUUCGGCCCAUCAAGGCUUCAGUCUAACCAGAUUGAUUCCUACGAUCAGUGACUUCCACUGCUCCCUCACCUCUCUUCCUCCUGCCUUCUCUCACCUCCUUCCUUCUCAGUUGGCCUGUCCACCAUUCCGGCAUUCUCAGGAGGUCAACGUACAACCUUCCAGAGACCAAGACGGAGGGAGAGAGAGAGACCCUCCUCAGCCCAGUAGUCAGUCAGUCAGUUCCUGAUGACCCUUAUUUGUCACAUGUACAUUGACACGUACAGUGACCAACACAGUCCAGGGACGUGCUGGGAGCUGCCAUGCUUCCGGUGACAAUAUAGUAAAUCCACAACGCACUUCCCCGAGCCCAAACUAUUUGUCUUUGGAAUGUGGGAAACAACCCACGCGGUCAUGGGGAGAACAUACAAGCUCCUUACAGACAGUGGUGGGAAUUGAACCCGGGUCGCUGUUGCUAUAAAGCGCUGUGCCACCAUGUUAAGAUAGAGCAGUCAGCCAAUUUCUGUUUACUGGCUGUUGAAGAGAAACAAAUAGCCUAGUCCCAUGGGUUUAACAUCAAGAUAGACGGGCCGACUAAUAUAGACUCUAUCACGUUCUUUAAUAUUCUUCCCAGGCAGACACCAGUAUAGCUGUGUUAAAACUGACCACAAGGCUUAUUCACGGGGGCUAUGCUCCACCCUCCACUCGAGCCUCGGGCUACAGAGGGAGAUCAGAAACCAGAGAUAAAUCUUUUGCCCUACCUCCAUUCUGAGGCUCGGGCACUGACCAUUACUGGGAGCCAUGAGGUAAGCAAAGGGGAGCGUCUAAAGGUCAAAAUGCUCAUUAAAUCUCUUCCGCUGUCACUGGAGACCAGGGAACUAAAUCCCUCCAUGGGGGACCAAAUCCAGGAAGCCAGGCUUCUGGGAGACUGGAAAGACAUUCAGGUGAGGAAGGAUAUCAGGUAACUUCAGUGUCAAAUUUCUCCCCAGUUUGUCAGGGGUCUGGGGUAAGAAAAAGACCACACCAGCAGAAGCCUACAGAUGAUGUGGCUUGUACAUAGUGGGAGCGAAGGAGAUGGACACAUGGGCAUCAAAUUCCACUUCCAUUUUGCUUCAGGUGGGUUUCGAAAUGGCACACAGCCCACAGCCCCAUUCAACCCAAUAUUUAUAAAUUGCAAGAGGAAUUUAAUUUAAUUAUUUUUGGUUUUAAAGAGGCUUGGAGAAACGGACAGUCCAGAUGCGGAUUGGGUCCAGUGCCAGGAGAUGUACCAUACACAGUUGUACACUCUCUCCAUCACCCAAGAACAUACCCUGAUAUAUAAACCAAAUGUAGUGGAUUUCCUUGUGUGUAUAUUACUCUGCUGGUAUUUACAGGUCAUUCACCUUGGCCACUGCUUGGUUUUAUCUUCUACUCCUAAUCAGUUGAUCUAUAUGUGUUGCUGGUUUUGGUGUCUUCUGAAAAACAUCAAGACAAGCCCAACUUCACCAGAGUCUUUGUAUUAUCCUUUUUACAGAAAUAUCUAUUGAGAUUUGUAAUCCACAUAUUGCAAUACACCAAAAGGAAUGA